CCACUCUCGUUUUUCAUUAGUAUUAUAUCCUCCCAGUCUUCUCUGUUAUGAUACGGACUUUCUCGACCCUUCCGUCCGCAACCGCCGCCUGUUGCUAAUUUGUCAAAACUGUCUAACAAUCAUACAUACAUGGAUCCAGUUCGGCCAUCAGAGAAAGCACCCAAACUGGCCUGUAGUUCAUGCCGACGACGCAAGGUUAGAUGUGACCAUUGUACACCUACCUGCGGCAACUGCCUGAAAUAUGGACAAGAAUGCAUAUGGCCAAAUAGACGGCAGUCUUAUACCCCCCGUAAAAGGCCGUAUCACAAUCUGGUUGCGCGACUCGCCCAAAUGGAAAGUUUAGUUCAGGAGCUUCAGAAGAAUACACAACCUGAAACCCACCAAUCGACUACCGAAGAUGAUAGCAUAGCCGACCAGAGUGCGUCAACCACACCCAGUUCUGAGUCCGGUCGCAGAAGCCCAGCUCCUCUGGGAAUGGGUUCAAAUUCAUCCCCACAUUCAGGCGAACCUUUUUUCACCGGAGCUACAAGUGAGACCACGGUGGGCUCUACAGUGGGUGCUUGUUCCAUUUUCUCCCUCAAAGGCAUUCGUAAGAUCAAUAGUCUCAUUGGAGACGAUACUUUUUCUAGGGUCAUGCAAAGUCUCGAAAUGCAAAACCUCCGACCUUAUCGACAAUAUAGUCCAUCUACUGGAUUCUCUCCUGCCCCGUCAAAUGAAAUUGUUAUGGCUUGCGUAGAAGACUUUCUCACAACUCAAAACCAUGACAUCCGACUUUUCCAGGAGCAUGAAAUUCGCUCAGCCGUUCAAACAUAUUUUCGUCAUGGGGAGUCCGACAACUCUGGAGCAUACAUGGCCAUUAAUGUCAUACUUGCCCAUUCACUACGAAAGGUUAUUCGUACGUGUCAGAUAGAAGAAUACGAGAAAUACAUCCACAAUGCAAUGGGCAAGUUGUCAGAAGUUAUUCUGAAAAAACCGACGCCGCUCCAUAUUGGCACAUUGUUGUCCACAGUCCUAUAUUUUAUAUUCAGAUGCGAGAAUCACAUUGCAAUUACAGUUUUGGGAAUGGCAGUACAACUGAUUCUCUUAUCGGGAUAUCACCGUAUCAACAGCAAGUCCGGUCUCACGGUAGCAGAAUCUCUCCACCGUCGCCGUCUUUUCUGGCAUGCUUAUAUCGUGGACCAUGACCUGAUGCUACGUAUGGGUAAGCCUCCACUGAUCAACGAGGAGUUUCUUCUUGCGCUUCCCGAGGAGCAUCCACCGGAUGGCUAUGGACUUUUCUAUUAUGGCAACAACAUUACUGUCAACUUUUUCCGUCAACAAGUGUGCCUAGCUCAACUCCAGGGUAAAAUCUUCUCUUCACUUUAUACCAACACCAACUCUUUGUCAGUUGCAGAACUGGAAAUUCGAAUUGCUCAGCUUGAUAAAGAACUUCAACAAUGGUAUAACAGCACUCCAGAGAUGGUCCGCCCAGAACCCACUGAAGUACUAGUUGAUGCAGACUACAGCCGAUUAAUGUGCUUGACCACGCUACACUUCGUAUAUUUUCAGCUUAUAGUUGCGAUCCAUUCUGCUGCAUUCAGGCUUUUUGCCGCGGAUGAAGGAAAUGAUGCUGGGGAAGUGGUAAUGCCAAGCGUAGCGCUGUGUGUCAGUGCUUCAAGAGCAGCUAUUUCAUUGCUCACAUAUCAUCUAAGUGACCACCCGUUUGCUAUAUUUCUACUCUAUCAAGUGGCCUGGAGUACGGAUAUACUUUUCAUCAGCAUUAUUCAAAACAAAACAACAAAGCGUGCGCACGAUGAUCUUCAGCUCAUCAAGAGCAUAGUGUCAUUUUUUGAGACAUAUGAUUCAAAUCAUCAGAAUGUGUUCUCAUACCACAUCAUCAGCGCUCUUGCUACUGUUGCAUCCCGGGUGUUGCAAAAGGAAUCAGAGCUAUCCAGUGGCUCUCUCGAAAAGUCCUCGGUUGCAUUGUUACAGCCAGCGUACUCGAUCCCAGAGAAUAUGGGAACUAGUAUUAUGGAGGACAAUUUUCUCCCAAAUUUCCCGGAGCGUGCACAAUCAGCAGGAAGCACAUUACCGGGCGUGGGUCAAAGUCUCUUGGAUGAAGCUGGCUUGACAAAUGAGCAUCAGUGGUUUACAGAGCUGUUAGAUUGGCAUAUUCCGCUAGACUUCCAGUCUGAAGUUUGGAAAGAUGUAUCAAACCUUUAAGUAUUGUGGUGUAGCAGGAUAGCUGAGGCUAUUCGGGGAUCACGUGUCGGGG